AUGGAAGAAGACAAGUCGGCACAGAGCAGAACAGAACUGUAUUCACGGUUGGAGGCGGUGCUUGGAGCAGGAGGUGCAUACAAAAUCCACCAUGUCUCGACUCGGCCGACCAAGUCAGACGCUCUGUUCGCUGCUCCCCCGGCUACAAGGCCGCAACGCACCAAAUGCGAAUCGCACUUUCUCACCAUCUCCGUCGCUUCUCCUUCUUCCACUUCCACCUCUCAGUCCCAGUCCGCCCAUGUCUUCGUCUUCGCCAUCGAAGUCCUUGUCUACACGACUUCCUCCCUGACGACGCUAUUCGUUUCCAAGGCCGACUCGACUGGUUACCUAUCCUCGUCACUCACCAAAUCACCCCAGUCGCCCAUCCGCCCACUUACUUCGACUUUUAUAACAUGGCUCGCUGAGACCAGACGAAGACCUGGCAUCCCGCUUGUCGUUUCGCUCUUCGCCAGAGCCCAGGACCAGUACCUCUUUCCCGGCAGUGUUGAUCAUGGCGCAAAGCAUGUCCUGGAUGACCGUCAACUUGUCAAGUGGUGGUGCAAGACCCUCGACCCUGUUCUAAGACACGAUGCUACCGAUGACUACACCACUCGCGCUCAUGUCAUCGUCCCUGGCUUCGACUCUUACGAGACCACCCAAUUCUUCCCUCCUUCGUACCGCUCCGAUCCACCUGACAAUCGCAAAUGGCGACAUGGCCAUCCGCUUCUCGAAAUCGCCCCCAACCCCUCCGCGCCACCUCGCUGUCUCGUCCCACACUUUCCUGACGACCCCAAAGCCCGCUACCUCGACGAACUCGAUGCUGAAAUACCCGACUCGCAGCCUUCCCAAUCCUGGUUUUCGCCCUCUAAGAAAGGCAACGGCAUGUGGAAGAGCAUCAGGACUUUGGAUCAGUUUUGGGAUACCAUGGCUUUCAGACAAGAGUGUUCCUCUGGACGAAUGGUUGGCUUCAUCUGGCUAGUCUUCACACCCACACAACCCACCAUCCAGUCAUUGGAAGACUCUGUCACAGACCUCACACCAGCUACUUCGUUCAACGCAGAUGAUUUGCUUGGAGCAGACCAAAUCUUCUCGAGCCAGGAAAGCCUUGGUCAAGCCGCCGAGACCACAAAGUCGAGUCCGCGAAAGAAUCCAAGGAGAAAGAAGCUAUCAGGGCCAAUCAUACCCCGCCAACCGAAGAUCAAAUCAACUUCUUCGAACCUGUCAUCACAGUCUUUCAAGUCAAGUACCAAAGAGUGGCCAGAGAAGGGUCGUGGUCAGAUCUUGCUGGAUCACGCAUCUUACACCAGAGUCCAUGAUUUGCUGUUACGGCUGGACUUCUCGGAUAUUCAUGCCGCGACUAGUAGUACUCGCAAAUGGCUGGGCGAAGUCACAGCAGUCACGGCUCCUGCUUCAGAUUGGGGCAAGNNGGAAGUGAUUGGCUCGCACGAGGUCGCAGAAAGGACGUCUACCACUGGNGGAGUGCCAAUAAAUGUACCUGGUCAAGUCAAUGACUUGUCCAGCAUGUUGGUUCGCAANAAGAGGAAGAAUGCUGAUGAUGCGACUCAAGCAUCGGCCCCUGCCGAGCCACCCACUGUCAAUGUCCUGGGUGCUGGCAUGGUUCGCAANAAGCCAAAGGUCAACAAUCCUUGA